CAGAAUGACACUGCUGCUGCUGCUGCUGCACAAUCAGUGAGAUAACUGGACCUCACUGUGCACACCGGUCUUCUGCUUUUCCUGCUACCUUUCUCAAAAGUCUGUACUUAUAAUAGGACACUGGAAUACUAGAAAUUGCAGCAUUUUAAAGGAGGUUGGACUUCGGGACAAAGAUGCUCCCCUCCGUUACCUCAGUGCUGCUGGUCACAGCACUGACCAGUGUCUGGGCCCAAGACCUUUAUGACGAGAGGAAAACAAACAAGAAAUCCAGGGUCAGACCUGUGGCUGCAAACCUUCAUGAUGGACAAGCCAUCCUCGAUGAGGACUGUGGCUUGGAGCUCUCCUUCCUGUUGGACAGCUCUGAAAGUGCCAAGGACAAUCAUGAGCAAGAAAAGCAGUUUUCUAUGAACGUGGUGGACAGACUCCAAGGUUUACGGCUGCAAACUGGCCGCACUUUGAGCUUGAGGGUGGCAUUGCUGCAGUACAGCAGUCACGUUAUCACAGAGCAGACCUUCAGAGAAUGGAGGGGCACAGAGAACUUCAAGACAAGAAUAACUCCCAUCAUCUACAUCGGGCAUGGCACCUACACCACCUACGCCAUCACCAACAUGACCAGGAUCUACCUGGAGGAAUCCAGCCCUGGCAGCAUCAAAGUAGCCGUGCUGCUCACAGAUGGUAUUUCCCACCCGAGGAACCCUGACAUUUUCUCUGCUGUUGCUGAUGCAAAGAACCAGGGCAUCAAAUUCUUCACUUUGGGCAUCACCCGUGCAGCCAACGAGCCAGCCAACGUAGCCCAACUCCGUCUGCUUGCCAGCUCUCCGGCCUCACAGUUCCUCCAUAACUUACAGGACGAAGACAUUGUUGAAAAAAUCGUCACUGAGAUUACUGGUUUGGCUGAUGAAGGGUGCCCUCUGGCUCAGAGAUGCUCUUGUGAGAAAGGAGAGAGGGGGCCAAGUGGGUCUGCGGGGAAAAAAGGACGGCCUGGAGAUGACGGAGCCCCGGGGCUUAGAGGGCAAAAGGGUGAAGCAGGACUAAGUGGUCUACCCGGGCGAGAGGGUAGUGAGGGAAAACCAGGUUACAAAGGAGAGAAGGGUGAGAGGGGUGAGUGUGGCACUCCAGGAAUCAAAGGAGACAGGGGUCUUGAGGGAUCAGUUGGCGCAAGAGGCGUUAGAGGUCUACAGGGGUUGCCAGGACCACAUGGGGACGUUGGACCAGAGGGCACUCAGGGGAAGCAGGGUGAACGUGGCCCACCUGGACCUCCAGGAAUUCAAGGGGAAACUGGUAUUGGACUUCCAGGACCAAAAGGUGACAUGGGAUUCCAGGGUCGGGCUGGUCCUCCUGGUCCUCAUGGAGUGGGUGAACCCGGCCCUCCUGGACCUCAAGGACCACAAGGUGUUCAAGGGGAUAAAGGACCGCAAGGCGAAGGCUUUCCUGGACCAAAGGGGGAUCGGGGGCUUGCUGGACCGAGGGGGCCAAGAGGACAGCAGGGUGUAGGAAUCAAAGGAGAAAGGGGUGAAUUGGGGCCUCCAGGUCUUCCAGGGCCAACUGGACCGAUAGGAGUGGGCAUACAGGGAGAGAAGGGAGUCGAGGGUCCAAGAGGUCCACCAGGAAGCAGAGGAAUUCCAGGAGAGGGUUUACCUGGACCUAAGGGAGACCAAGGAUUACCAGGAGAGCAGGGAGGUCCAGGAGAGAGAGGCAUUGGUGAACCUGGUUCAAAGGGAGAGCCUGGAGCAUCUGGUGUGAGUGGCCUGCAUGGUCUCCCAGGAGAGGAUGGAGCUCCAGGGCAGAAGGGUGAGCCUGGUUUACCUGGUUCAAGAGGCCCUGAGGGAGCACAAGGAAUUGGCACUCAAGGGGAGAAGGGUGACCAGGGUCUGAGGGGCAUUCGUGGAUUACAUGGGCCUCCUGGGAUUGCAGGACCCUCUGGGCCAAAGGGUGAACGUGGAAUACCAGGCAAUCAGGGCAUGCCAGGGCAGCCAGGACGGUCCAUAUCAGGUCCAAAGGGUGAUUUAGGCCCUGCUGGUCCUCCUGGUCAUAUUGGGGAAACAGGCCACGGAUUACCCGGUCCAAAGGGUGAUCGUGGUCAUCCAGGUCCAUCAGGUCCAGCUGGUCCAAAAGGCGAAGGCCUCGUCGGUCCUUUGGGUCCUCCAGGCCUGCCAGGCUUACCGGGCGAGCCGGGAUCAGAAGGAAUAGGAAUUCCUGGUCCUAAGGGUGACAUUGGCUUUAGAGGAUUGCCAGGUUUGCCCGGCCCACCUGGAGAGGGUACAAAAGGACCACCUGGUAAUAUUGGAAGGCCCGGACCUGCUGGUUCAAUUGGACCUCCAGGACAGGGUAUUCAAGGCCCAAAGGGUGAGCCAGGAUCUCAAGGUAUGACUGGGCCUAGAGGGCCUCAAGGAGAUGGAUUUCCAGGAGCUAAGGGUGAUCGUGGAUUACAGGGUGAGCGGGGCAUGAAAGGUACAAAAGGAGACUUGGGAGAUGCUGGAGUCCCCGGUGAAGCGGGGAGACCAGGAGCGAAAGGAGAACAAGGCCUCACGAGAGAAGACAUCAUUAAGCUGAUCAAAGAAAUCUGUGGAUGUGGCGUCAAGUGUAAAGAAAGGCCCAUGGAACUUGUGUUCGUCAUCGACAGCUCAGAGAGUGUCGGCCCUGAGAACUUUGAAAUCAUCAAGGACUUUGUCACCAGAUUGGUGGACCGGACCACAGUCGGACGCAACGCCACCAGAAUUGGACUGGUCCUGUACAGUCUGGAUGUCCAUUUGGAGUUCAACUUGGUUCGCUACAUGAACAAACAAGACGUCAAGCAGGCAAUCAGAAAAAUGCCUUACAUGGGCGAGGGCACCUACACUGGCACCGCCAUCAGAAAGGCGACUCAGGAGGCUUUCUUCAGCGCUCGGCCUGGAGUCAGAAAAGUAGCGAUCGUCAUCACAGACGGUCAAACUGACAAACGAGAGCCUGUCAAACUUGACAUAGCUGUGAGGGAAGCUCAUGCUGCAAACAUUGAGAUGUACGCCUUGGGGAUUGUCAAUUCCUCCGAUCCUACACAGGCCGAGUUCUUGCAAGAACUCAACCUCAUUGCUUCAGAUCCCGACAGUGAACACAUGUACCUCAUUGAUGACUUCAAUACUCUAACAGCACUGGAGUCUAAACUUGUCAGCCAGUUCUGUGAAGAUGAAAAUGGCGCCCUUAUUUACAACCGCGUCACAAAUGGACACUGGAAUGGCAACAAUGGGCAUGGGCAUGGCAACAACGGAAAUAAUGGGCACGGAGAGAAGACUGAUGGAUACAAUGGCAAUGGCAAUAAUGGUUAUGUUUUUGGAAACAAUGGAUAUUGGAACAACGGUCACAAUUUCCAAGAGGAGAUUGAAAAUCAGAGACGCACCAACAGCCGAGGCCGCGGAGACACUUUCACGCUGCCCAUCAGUGCUGAUCCUCUUCCUUUUCAGGUGGUGGAAGACGAUGAAGGUGAAGAUUUAGACUUACGAGUCCAUGCACGGGGCAGCAGUACUGUAGCUGUAGUAAACAAAUCAACAUCUUUAUCACCUGUGGCAGAAGCCUCCGUGUCCAAUGAAGCAGUCGUAACAUCUGCAUCGUCUUCUACAUCUUCAUCCUCAUCUGCAACAUCAACACUGGGCUCAGUUUCAUCUUUGAAUCAGUUGCAGCCCGUGGUGAGUCCCGUCCAGCCUCAAGUGGCCGUUCCACUUGAUCCCCGCUGUAACUUCAGCUUGAGCCAAGGCAGCUGCAGAAAUUAUAGCAUCCGCUGGUAUUAUGACAAGCAGGCCAAUGCCUGUGCGCAGUUUUGGUAUGGAGGCUGUGGUGGUAAUGACAACCGCUUCGAAACAGAAGAUGAAUGCAAGAAGACUUGUGUUUUAUUCAGAACAGCAGCGUAAUAAAGAAGAAGCCAUCAGAGAGAGGAUUUUACUUCCCUACGAUCUGCUGAUUUGUCAUUUUAAUGUGAUGCAUUCUGUCAUCUGUGUUCAGAAAAUUUCAUGCACUUUUCUAACACUGUGUCCUCACACAUUUUUCAGUGCUAAAAGGUCAUGAUCAAUUGAUUCAAAUCCUGAAAAACUGCUGAUAUGCUUCAAUGAAUUACUGACUGAUUUAAUAUGAUUAACUUCCACAAAAACAUAUUACCUCAAAGAAUUGCUUGGUUUGGCUGUCCUGGAUUUAAAAUGACAACUACAGAAAUAGAAGACUAACCUGUAGAUCAUUCCUAUACACUAUUCACUGAAUAUAUAGUAAGACAGCAAUAAUAAUUUGUUUACCUUGUGUAGAUAUGAUGAUGAAUUCUUCUGUGUGUGUGUCCUGUUUGUCAUCUAUUCGGGUUAUAACCGGCAGCUGUAGUAGAGAGCCAUUUCUGUCUGGGUACUACUUUCAGAGGUCUACUGCGAACGUCAUCUUGUGAUGAAGACUGAGGCUUUCUGUAAUCCAUCCAUUAAAGGCCUUUCUAUUUGGGCAAUGUGUGUGUAUCUGAAUAAAUGUUUUGUAUGUUUUUUAAUAAUAAAAUAUAAAAUAA